GGAGCAGCGCGGUGGGCGGGACGGAGCUCGGCGGUCUGCGCUCGGUUGCUAACCUGGUGCUCCCGCUUUCAGUUGCUUUGCUGUUAGCCUGUUGGACCUUCGAGCCUAGCUGCUUGCACAGGACUCGGCCACCUGCCCUUCCUGCACCGACUGGCCAGGAGUUCAGAGCCUCAUGCUGAGCCAGGAGGAGCUCCGGGUGACGCACACGGCAAGAUCGGGAUUGAGAGGCUGAAAAACUCAAGAGGUUUGGAUAUGGACCUUCUUCAGUUCCUGGCCUUCCUCUUUGUCCUGCUUUUGUCUGGGUCGGAAGCCACAGGCACCUUGAGGACCUCCCUGGACCCAAGCCUGGAGAUCUACAAGAAGAUGUUUGAGGUGAAGCGGCGGGAGCAGCUGUUGGCACUGAAGAACCUGGCACAGCUGAACGACAUCCACCAGCAGUACAAGAUCCUUGAUGUCAUGCUCAAGGGGCUCUUUAAGGUGCUGGAGGACUCCCGGACAGUGCUCACCGCUGCUGAUGUGCUCCCAGAUGGGCCCUUCCCCCAGGACGAGAAGCUGAAGGAUGCUUUCUCCCACGUGGUGGAGAACACGGCCUUCUUCGGCGAUGUGGUGCUGCGCUUCCCGAGGAUUGUGCACUAUUACUUUGACCACAACUCCAACUGGAACCUCCUCAUCCGCUGGGGCAUCAGUUUCUGCAACCAGACAGGCGUCUUCAACCAGGGGCCCCACUCGCCCAUCCUCAGACUGAUGGCCCAGGAGCUGGGGAUCAGUGAGAAAGACUCUGACUUCCAGAACCCGUUUAAAAUCGAACGCACAGAGUUCAUUCCCAGCACUGACCCUUUCCAGAAGGCCCUGAGAGAAGAAGAGAAACGCCGAAAGAAAGAGGAGAAGCGGAAAGAGAUCCGAAAAGGCCCAAGGAUCUCCAGAUCCCAGUCUGAGUUAUAGCCCUGGAGCAGCUCAGGGCUCAAGGGGCCACGAGGAGGCAGGUCGGGAGGAAGAAGAGGAGGAGGUGUGGUUGUAGUGGAGAGCACCAGCCAGCCCCUUCCAGAAGGGGAGGCCACAUUUGCCCGGCCCCCUGGAGCUGGGUCUGAGCCCCAGCCGAAGGGACUGAGUCUCAGAUGGCUGGAUUUUCUCUCAGGGGCCUCCUGCUGAAGGGGCCUUCAGAGGACUUUAUGCUGGAAAUAUGACCUGUGCAGACUGCUGGGGGAGGCAGGAAGAUGCCCGCCUGGACCCUGUUGGCGGCUGAAGACCUCUGGCCAGCUGGCUUCCGCUCUUGGUGGGGAAGCAGCAGAACUAGGUUCUGAGCCAUGGGUCAGGGUGCCACCCUGCUGCUGGCCCCACUGUGUCACAGAGCUGCCUGGCACAGGUCUCAGCCCCUCUGCAGAGACACAAUAAAAGCCAGCAGACACUUUGGACCGAC